ACUUGAUGCUUAAAACAGCUAGCUCAUCACUUUUUUAUUAGCCACUCUAUUCUUGAUUAUAGGUAGAGAAAGGUUGUUGUCCAAUGAAGAACAGUAAGUACAUGUACUACCUCUAGCGUGUUUGUUUAUAUUGUUGUUGUGUAUUGUUUGUUUGUAAAUGCACUUGUUUACAUCAAGAGUAGCUACUCUUGUUUACAUUCACAUUAGGUCUGUUAGAGUUUUAAUGAGACGUUUUGCAAGGUUCCUUGAUGCAGAGACAACAGAAAAACUAAUACAGAGUUUUCUGAAUGAAAAGAGGUUGAUUAAGAGAAUCAAGUGUCUUCAAACUUAUCGUUGCCUUGGUAUCAAAACACUAGCUGGUAGUGAACUGUAUGAAAGGUUAAGAGAGAAGAGAGAGAAAACAAGAGAAAGAAUGAAGGCAUCACUUGAUUUAAUAACAAAGAAUAACAAGUCAAUUGCUUCAACAGAACAGCAGAAUGCUACUAUAUCAUGUACUAAUAUUGAACUACAAGGACAACAAGCAAUGUGUAGUACUGGUAAAACAAAAUACUCAUUAACUCCAUUAAACAUUACAUACUCACCCGGUGUGGAGCAACUGGAUCAUGAAGAGAAACAAAUAUGUUCAGUCCAUCGUAUAUUACCUGAUGUAUAUUUACACUGUAAAGGAGUAAUGAUUGCUGAGAGUAGGAAAUGUGGAGGGAAGCUACGUCUGAUGGAUGCUAGGAAGUUGUGUCGUAUUGAUGUAAAUAAAACUAGAAAGAUAUAUAAUCAUUUUUUGUCUAAAGAACUUGUACAACCACCAUCUUAACUUAUUAAUACAUUAA